UCAAGUAUCAAGUGGAUUUGGGUUUAGGUCCAUCACACGGUGGCCCGCCAUAUCGUUGUGUUUCCUUCUUUUUUUUCGAAAAAUUGGCACGUCUCAUUUUGACCUGACUGAAAAAUCAAACGACAUCGUUUUUGAAAUAUUCUUCUCCCGCGGCAUUAAUCAUUCACAGAAUCACAGACUUCCUCUUCGUCCCGUUGAACUCAUUUCGAUGGUCUCCUCCAGAGAGUAGAUCCUUCUCUGUAGGAGAAUGCAAAAUGGGGAAAAAAAAGGUAACUCUAUCUCCUUUCACCUUCUUCCUCUCAAGUAUCUUUUGCUCAGGAUCAGGUCAGCGUAUCCAUUUUUGACUAAGUGAUGGAUCUUGGUGAUCUAAACAAAGUCUGGGAAAUUAAAGCACUAAAAAGGAAGCCUAGAGAAGAUGAAGCUAGAAAGAUUCUGGAGAAAAUAGCUAAACAGGUUCAACCAAUCAUGAAGAAACACAAAUGGAGGGUUAAACUUCUGACUGAGUUCUGUCCAGGUAAUCCAGCUCUGCUAGGGGUGAAUGUGGGAGGAGGUGUGCAAGUUAAGCUAAGAUUGCGGAGACCAUACAGGGACUUGGAUUUCUACCCUUAUGAUCAGGUUCUUGAUACUAUGCUUCAUGAACUUUGCCAUAAUGCUCAUGGUCCUCACAAUUCCAGUUUCUAUAAACUUUGGGAUGAGCUCAGAAAGGAGUGCGAGGAGCUGAUGACGAGAGGAAUAACUGGGACGGGGGAGGGGUUUGAUCUUCCUGGGAAACGUUUGGGGGGGUUUUCUCGUCAACCCCCACUUUCAUCUAUCCGACAAGUUGCACUGACUGCAGCAGAAAAGAGAGCUCGUGUUGGGUCUCUCUUACCUCAUGGACCCAAGCGCUUGGGUGGUGACAAUGAUAUUAUGGUUGCACUUAGUCCAGUACAAGCUGCAGCAAUGGCUGCAGAAAGGAGACUUCAAGAUGAUAUGUGGUGUGGGUAUGAAUCUUUUGGAGGAUCUGAGGAAGAAAAGAGUAGUUCUGACAUACCCCAGACUGUUGGAUCAAAGGCUGCGCCAUCUGCUAAUAAUUCAAAACAGGCUGGUGGUUCUGAAUCUCGCAGUGCAAACACAAGGCUUUGCAAAAAGAGCCGUUUGUUAAAUAAUGAUACAUCUGUUCUGCCGUCCAAGGGGGGAGAAGAAUCUAGUUUGAUGGGCAUAGCUGCACAAGCUUCAACAUCUGUGUGCAUACAAAAUCAUAAGGCAUCAGACAGUUUUGAGGAUAAAGUAAUUUGGGAAUGUGGGUCCUGCACAUUAUUUAAUCCGUCAUUAGCUCCAAUAUGCAAAGCUUGUGGUAGUGAAAAGCCCAAAGAUGAUGGAGCUAAGUUCAAAAUGUGGUCUUGCAAAUUUUGUACCUUAGAAAACAACAUGCUCUUGGAUAAAUGUGAAGCUUGUGGACAAUGGAGAUAUUCAUAUGGACAACCAGUGUCUACGCAGACUCCUAAUUCUGGUACCUAGGGCUUGGAAUCCAUUUAUCGGGUACCCUGUACAGAUGAUGGAAGUUAUUCGGCAAGUACUCGUGGUUAUAUAUAUUUACACACAAUCCACUUGUGUACCUGGGUGCAUGUGAAUGCUGGCAUUUUAGUAUUUGGUUUCAUUCUCCUUUUUGAAAGCAACAAAAUAUAUUAACUUUUUGUAAAUAGCAUGCUCUUAUACAUUCUUACGCAUUCUACUUGUGUAAUUUGAACGGCCAGACUUGUGUCGUACCAUGAAAAUGCAUAGAUUUUUCUCUAUGCUUUACUAAUUGCAAAAAGCAGAAAAUUUUAGUUUUA